GCCAGGGGCCGACGUGCGGCGGCCGGCGCGGCCUUUUCCUCGACGGCCGAACCUUGGGGGGGGGGGAAAACGGACGGGAAAACCCCCCCCCAAGGGCCCUUCCGGCCCCGCGGCCCCUCGGAUCAAACAUUAACCGGGGACGGGGACGGGGGGACGCGGCGACGGGGACGGCCACAGGCCCGGGGCCACCCAGGGACCCCCCCCGUGCCAUGAGCAGCCGGCGAUGGGGGCGGUGGGGCUGUGCGCGCUGGUGCUGAUGCUGUUGGGGGUCCCGGGGCGUCCCGACGGCCCCCCCUCGCUCUGUGACCCCCGAGUGAUGGAGAGGUUCAUCCUGGAGGCCCGUGACGCCGAGAGGGGGCUGGCCGGCUGCGGCCCCCCCUGUGACCUGCCCGAGGCGGUGGCCGUCCCCGACCCCGGCGUCAACUUCAACGACUGGCGGCGGAUGGACGCGGGGGCGCGGGCGCGCGAGGUGGGGGGGGGCCAGGCGGUGCUGGUGGCCGCCGUCCUGCGGGCGCGGGAGCUGCUGCCGGACCCCCGCCUGCGCCCCACCCUCGACCGGGCCUACAGCGCAGCCCGGAGCCUGGCCCGCCUGCUGCGGGGGGUCCCCACCCCGGACCCCCCCCGAGCUGACCCCCCCCCCGGGGUGCGAGUGCGGACCCUGGCCCGGCUGCUGGGGGUGCACAGCAGCUUCCUCCGCGGGAAAGUCCGGCUCUUCCUCGCAGACGCCUGUCGCCGAUGACAGACAGCUGUCAAUCAUCUGUCCACACCCGCCUGUCCCCCUCGUCCCCCUCGUCGUGUCCCCCCCCCCCCCCGCUCCCCCCACCCCCACCCUGCGGACCCUCCCCCCGGUACGUUGGACGUACCGGCAGGUGAUUGACAGCUGUCAAUUAUCCUCCUCCUGCCUGAGCGACCCGGUUGAUUGACAGCUGACCAUCACAGGCACGCCCAGGCCCUGCGGGCGAUUGAUUGACAGCUGUCACUCAGGGGAGACGCAGCCUCCCUGCCCCCCCCCCCAAAACACCCUCCCCCCCCCGU